AUGUCUCGAUCUCUAGCUAUGAAGAAGCUCUUGACACCUCCAGAUCAUCUCUUACAGACAGUUUAUGCUGGUAUCGAAAUCGAAUUGUCAUCAAAACCUUCUUGGUGUGUCUACUUCUACGAUGGAUUCUCUCGCACUGAUUAUUAUGUUCGGGAUGUCUCUGAUAAACUAUACAGUUUGGCAUCAGAUGAAUCAUACGCUCAUGGGAUGAGCAAGAUAUUAGAGCAAAUUGAAGAUGAGAUUGUGCAAUGGAUUUUGGAGUGGUCUGAGAAGCAUCGUUAUAAGGUGCAUGCCGCUGGUGUUGGCAUUGUUGACAGGGACUUGUUGUUUGGAGUGCAAAACCAGACCGUCGUGUCCCUCGAGAAGGGCAGUUUGGCACACAAUACACGUCAAACUGGCAAACCGCUCUAUGGCUUUCCUAAACCAAUUAUUCUUCUUUCACAACUCGAUGCAAGUCCACCAGAAGUGUUGACGUCUCGAUUACCAGCCAAAUUAUGGUCCGAUUUGGACAUCCUACCAGUCUUGUGCUGUACUUACGGACCAGGAAUCGAAGAGAGAGCUUGUUCAGCAGCACGCAAAUGCAUCAGUUUCUUUGGACCUCUUGCUGGUGUUAAUGUGCCGAGAUUGUGUAUUGGAAGUCACAAUGAGGUCGAAGUAGAUGCAAAUGGCUGGAUUCAUAUGGUUGACUUGUCUGAUUUCAGACGUCAGUUCUCGUCUGAUGGAUCAUGGCAAUUCUUACUCAAAAUGGCUGAAAGAACCCGUAAUCGUAAUCUACGCAUUGGGUUUGUUUCUUCGACUGCUCAAGGUGGAGGUGUUGCUCUUAUGAGACACGCACUGAUACGCCUCCUCAAACUCUUGGGUAUCGAUGCUCAUUGGUUUGUCACCCGUCCGUCUCCUACAGUCUUUGAUAUCACAAAGCGGAAAAUUCAUAAUGUUUUGCAAGGCGUAACCAAUGAUGUAUGGUUGACAAAAGAAGAUGAAGUAAUACUUGAAGAAUGGUGGAAGGAUAAUGCUGAGAGGUACUGGACUGGAGGUCCAUUCAUGAACUUGGAUGUACUUGUAGUUGACGAUCCUCAACUUCGAACCGAUUUGAUUGAGACUGAAGGUACUCCACAGCAUCAUGUAUGGCAGUUCUUGUGGAAGCAAAUCAAAGAAGCUGAUUGUUUCAUCAGCCACCCUGUUGCAGAUUUUGUACCUUCUGGAGUCGACUGUGUUUUUGGUUUGCCUGCAAGCACGUGUGGUUUUUUGGAUGGGCUAAAUAAGGAGUUGAGAGAUCUAGGAUACUACCAACACUUUUUCAAUCGCGUCUGUCAUGAACAAAUUGGACGCCAAGCGGAUUUUAGCAACAGGCCAUACAUUAUUCAGAUAUGCAGAUUCGAUCCAUCAAAAGGAAUACCCGACCUUAUCGAAAUCUACGCCUUGUUCCGUGCUCGCAUUCAACAAGACCAUCCAACUUGGUCUACAUCCAAGAUUCCUCAGCUCGUUAUUAGCGGUCAUGGAAGUGUAGAUGAUCCUGAUAGCGGUGUGAUCUUUGAGCAAGUCUUGGAAUUGCUCGAGUCUUCUCGAUUCUCAAGUAUUCGAGAUGAUAUCCUCGUUGCUCGAGUACCUAGUUCUGACCAACUGCUUAAUGCUUUGCUGUCUGGAUCUAUGUUUGCUUGUCAGAUGUCCACGAGAGAAGGAUUUGAGAUCAAAGUUACCGAAGCCUUGUCAAAGGGUAUCCCUGUUAUAGCAUAUGCGUCAGGUGGCAUUCCGAUUCAGAUCUGGGACGGUGUAACUGGUUUUCUGGUUGAGACUGGCAAUAAAGAAGCUGCUGCUGAUCGCUUCUACUUGCUCGUUACUGAUUCUGCGUCGCGAGAAAAGAUUUCCGAUGCUUGUAGAAGGUGCACAUUCGACGAUUACUUCACGGCCACGAAUGCAAUCUGCUGGCUUGUACUCUGCAAUGCCGUUUCUGACGGUACAUUAGCAAGCCGUUCUAGACAGGUGAAGGCUGUCAUCUCUACUCAACUCGAUAAUCCAUUGACAGAAGAUCAACAUUCAACUGACGUGAUGGUUCAACGUGUAUGCGCAAUUGAUUGGGAAGCUUGGAGAAUAAAAGCACGUCGCGAGUACAGUGGUGGAAUGACAUGGGUCAAGGAUUUAUGGAGCUUGUACUCGUCAUGA